AUGAGUGGGAUAGAGAUGAAGAGACGGGGGAUGUCUUCCAAAGUGGUGGGACCAUUUCUGGAACCGCCACAUUGUGCAGAUAUCAGCACAUGUGUCAAGUAUAGGUAUUUGCUGUCCCCAUUGUUGACAAAGAUGUCACUGCACGAAGACCGUUGCCUGCCACCUGUUGAUCAGUUAAAAGAGGAAGUUGAUAGCCUUUUGAAACACAACAAGCAGGGAUUGGAGUCUGAGUUCCUAGACGUCUCCAAGAAGGCAUGGACUCUGAAAAAAAUGUGUGGAUUCGUCAAGUGCAAAGCUGGGCGAAGAGAAGUUUCCACCGUGAGAAACUUUCAGCGGUUGGUCCUUCAGUUGGAUCCCAUGCUGCAGGACACGGGCCAUGAAGGGAACGGUGAGCCCAAUCCACCAGAAGUAACGGAGCCGGUGGCAAUCGAGACUCCUGUUGCCCCCACGCCUGCCUCCACACCUGCUGCUACCCCGAUCCCGGUCCUUUCACUGGCCAAGGUGCUGAGAGCAUUUCCUUGGCGGAGAAGCGUGAACAAGUUUUACAGAGCAUGUGGGGACAAUGCAGAGACCCAACCCUUGGUUGAUAUUGGAGCGGUCUCAGCACCAUCUCCACCUGAAGCGCCUGCCGCUCUAUCCCCGGAGAUCUCUUCAACUGAAAGACGUUCAAAGUAUCAGAAUGGUGAAGGAAAGGGUGAAGAUACCAUUUUGUUGGGAGCUGACGUGCCAACAGGAACAAAGAAUGACAUGAAGGAAUCCCCAAAGAACGACGACUUCACUGGAUCUGAGAGCGAGGCUCCGAAAGCCUUCGUCACAAGGGAGGAUCAGCUCAGCAACCGGCCUCCUGGGCGAGGGAGGGGGAAGGGUAGAGGUAGGGGCAGAGGAGCCCCAAGCAAGGAUGCAGGCGAGGUUUCUGAGAAGAAGCGAAAGAUCGCUACUCCCCAAAAUUCUGGUGCUUUUUGGACCGCUGACAUGGUUGAAGAAUGGAACAAACGGAGGGCGGAGCCAGCCGGGGAAUAUGAUUGGGGAUGGGAGGAAGCAGACUGA